AUGGAAUUGCCUCUCGUGUCGGACGUCUCACAAACUGUGUACUGGAGCUGGCCUUCGGACUCUUGGUUGGAAUCACGGGACCUUUGCUUUUCCCCACACUAUUUGGUUUCCGGAGGAUUUCUUAUUCGAAUCAUUGAUUCCAUUGCUUGCAGCGCCGACGACAUGAAAAGGCCCAGAGACUCAAGGACGUUCACGUUCCUACUGGUUUUGGGUUUCUACUCGCCGACUCUGUGGCUAUCACAGGGUGGCGUUACUGCGUGGGUGGGUCCAUAUCGUCGCAAAGUGACGAAACCUGACAGAGUAUCCUUCCCGACGCGGUGUACGGCAGCGUUACGAGACGACGAAAGCAACAUUCCGCAGCGACCUGAAUCCUCACGUAUGAACGAUUUUGUUGCGGAAUUUUUACAAAAGAGCCAUCGGGAAGCAAAUGAUGAUACGGCAAACCCCAGCGACACCACCGACGAUGUAUCAAAGGCCGCUGCUUGCAUCUCGACGAGCACACAUUUGAUUGCCUUGCCCGUUGAUGCUUGCCACGAACUCCUACUGGAAUUGGAAAGCGUCCAACGAGCCAUCCUGUACCACUGUCCACUUCUCGUCCACGCUUGCAUUGCGCCCGCCGUCACGAGACUACCCCUCCUAUAUGUACGGGCGCCGUCGGCAACGGCAGUUUCCACCGACAAACUUUACGACAUUGUGAAAAAAACGGUGGCAGAUGUAAUCAAUCAAGAAGACGCGGAGAAGACCUCAGUUGAGGCAGGCGACAACGAAGUCCGACGCGAUGAUGGAACCCCGGAUACGGGAGCCGCGAACGACGAUAAUAUCAGUCCUCUUCUACUCUCGUUUCAAGGCCUCGAAAUCGAUGGCACUGGAAACAAUGUCUUGUCCACGGUGGCGAACGUUGAAAACGAGAACGGCCUUUUGAGGCUACAACGACUGGUUAGUAUUCUACGGGAGCGUAUUCAUACCGACACUGGGUGGGACACGUGGUUACCGGAGGAUCCACGCCUGGCGCUCGAGAACGAUGUCGUCGCGGAUCCCUCGUUCCGACCCCACAUUCCAUUCAUGCGAUUACCGAAAAAUUGGAUUGACUUUCUCGAAACCGAAAAUGACGAUCAGGAGGUAUGGAUGCUACCCAGCGAGAAAGGUGGCAACGGUAUUUCACCUAUUUUCUGGGGCCAAUGGCUGGAUGAUGAUUUUGGGGAGGCCCGCAUGCGCGAAGUUGCCAUCUACAAUCGACAGGGUAAAGAGAAGUCUCUCGACGAAAAGGCUUUUUAUCUGCCAGCCCGAUCAAUUCCGUUGCCCGAGGGCAAUGCUGCUUUGAGAAAGCAAGAAGCCAAAUUUGAAGCCUAUAACGAAGAGCGCAUACUGCAAGCCGAGGCGCUUCAACGAAAAGGAACUAACUCCGCCAAUGAUGCUCGAGAUGAUGAUCCUUUGCUGUCUAAAACCCGUAACAAACUGUAUUCUUUAUACGAAUCCUCUAGUGUCCCAGGAACGGAAACGAAAGAUUCAUCUGUAUUGCCCGAGCAGAAUCUUGUGGAUGCCUCAAAAGGGAGCGACUCGGAAUCAUUCAUGGCGCCCAAGCCGCAGCGUGGAAAUACAGACGAACUCGACAAUUGGACGAAAGACCGCAUAAGAAACGCAAUUGAAAGCCGGGCCAAAUUUCGCAGCGAAAUUGACUUGGCAAAGCCCAAAGAAAAACCUCCUAUUCAGGAAAACUCUGUCUUCAGCAAGUACAAGGAGGGAACUUUGGCUCCCACGCAAGACCAGCCGGAGACUACCCGAGAAUUGCCACCUUAUCCGAGUCGGGAGCACUGCAUGGGAUUCUGGAGAGUUGUGAGUUCACCAACCGGAUUCGAAGUAGAAGAAGGCAACGAUAGUCGAUCCGACAAUAUUAUUUUGCGAGUUGACGGUACCACAGCAGGCGGUCCCAUCCUUGAUCAAGAGACGCGGCAAAAAACAUCUGGAGGGACUUGGCGCCUCAUGGGCGAAAGCAAGGAAGACGCUGGAUUGCUGGUGCGACUAGUUAUCCCACCGAAAAAGGAGCGCAUUCUCGUGAUGGAAGGACGCCUGGAACGUAUCUCAAUGUCUUCGGACUUACCUUUGGCAUCGUCAACAUUUGGUAUCCCCGAACUGGAAGCUAGAAAAGCUAGAAGCACCGCUGAUAUUGAAGAUUUGUUGUAUUGCAGUGGUAAUGUCUAUAUUGAAGACGCGAUCACGGGACAGAAUCGGGAUGAAAUCGGAAGCUUUUCGCUGAUGAAGCUUCAAACUCCUACCGACCCUUCAAAAUACACAAUUACAAUUCCGAAGCCAGUACGAAACCAAGAUUAACAGUUGACCAACUUUCCAUUACUCUUAAAAGUGAGCUUAGCUGG